CGCAAUGGAAUGAACUGGCAUUGCGUAAGCAUUGUGAAAGGACGGGAAACACCUUGUAUCGUUUUCACGCAGAGGAUACGAUACGAGGGCAAGAAUUGACGUUGAGUGAGCGGUGGGCACAUCAUGUGAAUGGAACUGGCAAUCGGAUGCAAAGUCAUGAUCACAUCCAACAUCGACACAGACAUAGCAAACGGAGCGCGCAGAGAGAUCGUGGACAUCUGGGCAGAUCCACGGGAAGAGCCCCAGAGGGAGGGAGUUGUUCAGAACGUGAAAUAUCCGCCUUGCUGUGUAUUGGUGAAGAUGGAACGAAUCCGGGGACGAUCGAUUUGUUUAGCGGGAAAGGAAAAAAGAAGGUGGAGCGACGGCAGAUAACCAUGGACCUCGCAUAUGGAUUUAUGGAUUAUCGAGCACAAGGACAAACGAUGGGCAGACAUCGGGACGCCACCAAG